AUGUGCCCCCGCUCCGCCUCCUCCCGCCGCCCCUCCGGCCUCCGCCGGCCCGGCGACCUCCGCUCCGCUUCCUCCCUCCGCCGAUCCGGCCUCCGCAGGCCCCGCGACCUCCGCUCCGCCUCAUCCCGCCGCCACUCCAGCCUCCGCCGCCCCGGCGACCCUCGCUCCACCUCCUCCCGCCGCUGCUCCGGCUUCCGCCGGCCCCGCGACCCCCACUGCGGCCUCCACUCCGGCGCGUGCGGGACGGAGCUCGGGCUCCGCCGUGCACGGGAGGGGGUGAGCCGCAGGUGCCACCCCUCGAGGCCUCCGAUCCUGGAGGAAUGCGAAGUCAACCGCCUGUACGCAGAGGCGGUGAAGAAGCGAAAAGACGCAGCGGAGGCGGCUGCCGACAGGAAGAGGAAGAGGAAAGAAAAGCACGACAAGGCGUGCAAAAUUGCACAUGCGGAGGGGAAGCCGCGGCCCGCUAUGCCCGAGUCCACGAAUGAGGAGGAGGGCACCUCGGAUGGCGAGGUCAACCUCCCGGGUGAUGACAAGGCAGCGACAGGCGCGGAUUCUCCGCCGGUCUAUCAAGGGGCUGGCGACGAGGACGCGUCAGUGACGCUGCGUGAGGCGAGGCCCACACCAGGGUUGUUGGUGGACCCGCCCCUCGCGGGGGCGGAGCGCAGGUCGCCCACGCCACUGGCGGGACGAAGGUCACCCACGCCGGUUGCGGGCGGAAGAUCAUCUACGCCAGUGACAGAGCGGAGGUCGCCCUGCCGGCGACGGGUGAGGGGAUCCUCGCACCCGUGA